GCAUUACUUUAUGGGUAUAUAUUGCCCUCAGUAUUCCCCCCCAGAGAUAGGCCGGCCAGAGGAUAAUAUUCAUAUGAAUAAAAGUUAUCUUCUAUAUCCAUGCAAUGACCCCCACGUAUCGUCACUUUGCUCCCUCCCUCGGCGCCGAGCUGGUCGGCGAGCAGAACGCGUCCAUAGCCGUCUUCCGGGGCAUUCCGUAUGCCACCACCCCCCAGCGCUGGCAGCACAGCACCCCCCUGGACACCCUCAGCAGCCCCUUCGACGCUAGCCGGUAUGGCCCGCGCUGUCCCGAGGCCCCGGGGGACAUGGCGGCCACCCCGGGGGACCGCGAUGGCUUACCCCCGGACGAUGAACUCGCCUGUCUCAACCUGAACAUCGCCGUUCCGACCACCGCAUUGGAGACAGACAGCGAUGCCACAUCUCGCCCACUGCCAGUCAUGGUUUGGAUCCAUGGGGGCGCGUUCCGCUUCGGCAGCAACUCCGUGCCGCGCGAUCGCCCCGAGGCCUUCCUCGCCCACGCCAUCGCGGCGGGCAACCCCCUGGUGGUUGUGCACAUCGGCUACCGGCUGGGCCCUUUGGGGUUUGCCGCAUCAUCGGAUCUGGCGGACGAUAACAGCAGCCAUGGAAACGGCCUCCCUGCCGGGAACUACGGAUUUGUCGACCAGCGCAACGCCUUUCAGUGGGUGCAAGCCCAUAUCCGCGACUUUGGCGGUAACCCCGAAAAUGUCACGGCGAUGGGCGUCAGCGCGGGGGGCGCCAGCGUGUAUUUCCACCUCCUCACCCAAGAGCCCCUGUUCGACCGUGGCGUCUGUAUGUCUGGGAUCGCCCCGGGCUUAGGGCCCUUCCCCCGGGCGCUGUACGAGACGGCCUGGGGGGACCUCUGCGAGACCCUGGCGAUAACGGAUGCGCUCCCCAACGACCGUGUACGCAGGCUGCGUGAGACCCCCGUGGACCAGCUGCUGGCCAGCUACACCGAAGAGCCACUGGGGCCUGGCGCGGGCGGCGCACUGCUCCCGGCGGAGACCUGCUACCCCCCGCCCCUGGGACUUGAUGCCAUCCAGGCCCCGCGAUGCAAGGCCCUAAUGCUGGGUGACUCGCGCGUGGAGGGAAUCAUCUUUGACGGCCUCUUCGCGGCGGUGCCGUUCAAAGACUUUAUCGCGCUGGCCACGACCGUCUUGGGCCCCUCCAACAUCGAGGGCUUCCUGAACGCCUUUCAAUUCCCAUGCGACGGCGAUGCGGUCUCCUACCGUGACGCCAUGAGACAUUUCUUUUCAACGGUGCUGUAUCACUACCCCAACCUACUCAUUGCGGACCGCUCCACCACCGCAGAUGUCUUCCUCUACCACUUCGAGGAGCCCUCGGUGUACCCGGGCCCUAUGCAUGGCCUGCCCUUCCACGGGCUUUGCUCGUUGUUCCUGUUUAACAACACUGCGGCAAUGUAUCCCCCCUCGCAGCAGCAGACAGCCCGUACCAUGGCCCAGUGGUGGUCGGCGUUCGCCUGGGGCAAGGCACCCUGGGAGUCGUACGCGCAGCAGAAGCAGGUUAUGCAGCUGGGGCCUGAGGGCCGCUGUGAGAUGACUCAAUUGGAUAAAGAGGAGCCGAGGGAUCACACCUAUCUGCCAUGGUUGAAGGAGGAAGGCCGGUUUGAUCUUGUCAAGACACUGAUCUGGUCUCUUGCUCUCAAAACCGUCCGCAUGCAGAUUCUCAAGGCUCAUUAAAUUCAAUACUUGAUGGAUGCCGGAUUCAGGUGGAGUAGCCUACAGAAGAUGGUCAGAAUAUCCUGUUUGAAGAUACAUUAUGUGUACAGCAACCUGUGAUGUAGUUUUGUCUCAACAUAUACUGGGGUAUUUAAGUGUCCUCUAAAGUAGUGAUAUAGCGUGAAUAAUAUUGAAAUUAACAUG